AUGCAGAUUCCUUUGAAGAUGGUAACUAACAAAACUACUGCAUUCAUCUCCACAGAGGAGCAGCAAAACCUGAGCUAUACCAUCCAUGCCAAACCUGGCUCCAAACAAAAUGCUGUAACAGAUUUGACAGCAGAAGCCGUAAAUGUAGCUAUUGCAGCACCGCCAUCAGAGGGAGAGGCUAACGCUGAGCUCUGUCGGUAUCUUUCCAAGGUCCUAGAACUCAGGAAGAGCGAUGUGGUUUUGGAUAAGGAUGGGAAAUCUCGUGAAAAGGUGGUGAAGCUUUUGGCCUCUACAACUCCAGAAGAGAUCUUGGAGAAAUUUAAAAAGGAAGCCAAAAAAAACAUAAGAGCAAGAAAUGAGGCCAGGUGUGGUGGCUCAUGCCUGCAGUCCCAGCACUUUGGGAGG